UGAGUUCAUCAGAUUUUUUCUGCAAAAUUGGGUGUGUACUUGUUGGUUUUCAACAUUAAAUUUCUUGGAGCUUCAACGGUCACGUAUCAUAAAAUAUUGAAUUAAAUUGAAUCAUGUCCGGCAGCCCAAAGCCUGUUAAGAAAGUGCCCAUACACUUACAAAGUGCUCAAAAUCGUAUUUAUAUUAAAAACGGUCAAAUCGUCAAUCAUGACAAAAGUUUCAAGGCGGACGUCUACAUCGAGGAUGGAGUCAUUAAAUUUGUUGGGAACGCUUCCGACAUAACGAUUCCCGGAGGUGUGCGCGUUAUCGAUGCUGCCGGACGAAUGAUUAUUCCGGGAGGCAUUGAUCCUCACACACGUUUUCAAUGUCCCAUGGGUGAUCAUGUAUCCGUGGACGACUUUUACCGCGGAACCAAAGCGGCUGUGGCUGGUGGCACAACGAUGAUAAUUGAUUGUGUUCUGCCCAAAAAACACGAGUCUCUGGUGGAAGCCUAUGACAACUGGCGCGCCUGGGCGGACCCGAAGGUCUGUUGUGACUAUGCCCUGCACGUGGGCAUAACUUGGUGGUCGAAGUCGGUUUCCGAGGAGAUCGGUAUUCUGUGCAAAGAGCUGGGAGUGAAUUCCUUUAAAAUGUAUAUGGCCUACAAAGGUCUCUACAUGUUGGGCGAUGCUGAACUCUUGGAUAUUUUCGAGAGAAUUCGGUUUCUUAAUGGAAUUGCAUUGGUUCAUGCCGAGAAUGGUGAUAUAAUAGCCAAGAACACAAAGAGCCUGUUAGCCGAUGGUAACUCUGGCCCUGAGGCACACGAGCUUUCGCGCCAAGAGGAAGUUGAAGCCGAGGCUGUACACCGCGCAUGCAUUUUAGCCCACCAGAUGAAAACACCCCUAUACGUCGCUGGUGUCACAAGCAAGUCCUCCGCCGAGCUGAUUGGACGCGCCCGCCGCAGCGGCUAUUCAGUAUUCGGGGAAACUCUCGCCAGCUCCAUAGGCCGCAGUAUGAGCAGCGUUGGCAAAGCGGAACGGGUUUAUUAUAUUACCAGUCCGCCCAUACGCAUGUCUGCCGAAACGCCAAGGCAGCUGAUGAAAUCCUUGGCAUAUGAUGAUCUACAGGUAACAGGCAGUGACAACUGUACCUUCAAUAAAAAGCAAAAGGAACUUGGCUUAUCCGACUUCACUAAAAUCCCGAAUGGCGUCAAUGGGGUGGAGGAUCGAAUGUCGGUGGUGUGGGAGAAGGGAGUGCAUCAGGGCGUUCUCGAUCCCUGUAGAUUUGUCGCUGUCACCAGCACUAAUGCUGCAAAAAUCUUUAAUAUUUAUCCACAAAAAGGGCGUAUUGCUGUUGGCUCGGAUGCAGACAUCGUCAUAUGGAAUCCACAGGGUACACGAACCAUUUCCAAGGACAGCCAUUACCAUGCUUGUGAUUAUAAUAUUUUUGAGGGCAUGACUGUACAUGGAGUCCCUGAAUAUGUGUUGGUGCGCGGUCGAGUUUGCGCCGAGAACGGAGCUGUUCGCGUUGCAGAAGGACAUGGUCGUUUUAUACCGAUGGCGGUGCGUCCGCCAUAUGUUUAUGACAUUGUUAAGGAGAAAGUGCACGUGUCUGAAGAGCAUCCCGAAGAAAAUCAAAAUGGCAAUUUGGCCAAAAAGUUUGCUGAGUUAGAUAUUCUAAUUCCAGAAGAGAAGACAAUGUCUGCUCUGAUCGCUGAGAAUCUGCCUAUUAUGACAGGACACUCCCCUUGCAGCACACCUUCGGUGCGCGGUCACGUGGACGGCAGAAAAGACAUGCAGGAGUCCUCAUUUUCGAUUAGCGAGGAGCUGGACAAAACCGGCGUUCGUUCUUGCAUUAAAGUAAAGAAUCCGCCUGGCGGAAAAUCAUCUGGAUUUUGGUAAAACUUCCAGACGACCAUAUAAAAUAAUCGCACAACGCGAUCCUUAUGACCAGAAUCAGCGCUUAUCUAAUCUUAUUCGCAUACAUACACUAUAGCCGAAUAUUAUUUAUUCAUAUCGAUUCCCAGCAUAUUGAACAGUCAUAUUUAUCUCUGAAACUCAGCGGAUAUUAUUUAUUUUUGAUUGAACAGAAGCGACAGAAUCAAUGUUUUCAGAUUUUAUUAUCAUUUGAGGCUAAAACAUAACCGAUCAUUUUUGGUAUUUUGAAGAUAGUUAAUGAGAAUAUGUACACAAUUCAAUGAUUUCUAUUGUUUUGACGUUACGUUAGUUAUGCACUCUUUAUUUAAAAAUAUGAUUGGUAAACUAAUCAAAGUUAGGUAUUUGAUUACAGAUUAACUCAAAAUACAAUAUACAAUUAUGUUUCGCUGAAUAUACAAUUACAUUUGUUUCUUCAAUAAUAUACAUACAUAUAAUUUUCCUGUUGCAAAUAAAAUACGCCUAUAUCUGCCUGAA